GGCAUGGAGCGGGCCGAGGCCUACGGCUUCUCGGGAGCCAUGAGCGGCGCCUUCCUGCUGUCGUGCCUGCUCUUCGCGGCCGUCAGCCGCCGACAGCGCGGGCCCUACAUGGACGAGGUGUUCCACGUCCCGCAGGCGCAGGCCUAUUGCCACGGCCGCUUCCUGCAGUGGGACCCCAUGAUCACCACGCUGCCCGGCCUGUACCUGCUCUCGGUGGGAGUGGUGAAGCCCGCGGCGUGGCUCCUCGGGUGGACGGGAAGCGUGGUGUGCUCAGUGGGAAUGCUCAGGUUUAUCAAUCUCCUCUUCAGUGCUGGGAACUUUUAUUUACUGUAUUUGCUUCUGUUCAAGAUCCAUCAGAAGAAUAAGGCUGUGUCUGGUUUCCAGAGAAUCUUGUCUGCAUUAACUCUUGCAGUGUUUCCCACCCUUUAUUUUUUUACAUUCCUGUAUUAUACAGAUCCAGGAUCAGUAUUUUUUACUCUUUUUUCCUAUUUAAUGUGCAUUUAUGGUAACCAUAAAACUUCUGCUCUCCUUGGAUUUUGUGGCUUCAUGUUUCGUCAGACAAAUAUUGUGUGGACAGUUUUUUGUGCUGGAAAUGUUGUUGCAGAGAAGCUAAAUGAAGCCUGGAAGAUUGAGUUGCAGAAAAAGAAAGAUGAAAAGAUUUCUUCCGGGAAAGGAUCAUUUUCAGAUUUGACCAGAAUACUGCAGUUUCUUGUUGAAUAUCUCUUGUCACCCAAGAAAUUAAUUACACUUGCUGCUUUAACUUGGCCAUACAUCAUAUUAGUAUCUCUCUUCUUUGUUUUUGUCUUCAUCAAUGGUGGAAUAGUUGUUGGUGAUAGAAGUAGCCAUGAAGCCUGUUUGCACUUUCCUCAGCUGUUCUAUUUUCUGUCUUUUACUGUUUUUUUUUCAUUUCCUCAUUUACUGACCCCUACUAAAAUCAGGAAAUUCCUUUUGUCAUUACGAAAGCACCCUGUGCAGUAUAGCUUAGUCACUGUCAUCUCUUUAUUCCUGAUCUGGAAAUUUACCUAUGUCCAUAAGUAUUUACUAGCAGAUAACAGACAUUAUACAUUUUAUGUCUGGAGAAAAGUGUUCCAAAGACACGAGCUUGUAAAAUACCUCUUAGUUCCAUUCUAUAUAUUUGCUGGCUGGAGUUUUGCUGAUACGCUAAAAUCAAAGUCAAUAUUCUGGAUCUUAAUGUAUUUUGUAUGUUUAUUAGCAGUCACAGUUCCUCAAAAAUUGCUAGAAUUUCGUUACUUUAUUUUGCCAUUCUUAAUAUAUAGGCUCAAUAUUCCAUUUCUGUCUCUAUAUAGACAACUUCUGGAACUUGCUUUUUAUAUUUUAGUAAAUGCUGUAACUUUUUAUCUUUUUCUAAAUAGAACAUUCCAAUGGGAAAAUAGUGAUGAAGUACAGAGAUUUAUGUGGUGACUUUUUUUUUUUUUUUUUUUUUGAUACUUUUAUACCUGUAGGAAAACACAGUUCUGUUUCAGGACUGGACUCUGGAAUGAAACAGUAUGUUUUGCAUCAUGUAAGGAUUGUUUUCCCUAGUUGAAAUUGGGAAGUAAGCUUUUGCUUAUAUUGUUGCAACCAAAUGCAAGAUUGUUAUAAUGUGAAGAUACUCCAUAUAUUGAAUUUAUGAAAAUUUUAAAAUUCAAUAUGAGGGGAAAUGUGAGAACACCUUUCUGUAAUUAAUGUAAAAUAAGGGAGAUGUUUACUGUCAUUAUGUUUCAGAGGCUUCUCUUUUACAAAAGAAGGAUUUCAGUCUAUUCAACCUUUUUGUUUAUUUAUCUGUGUGCAUAUUUAUUCAUCAGAUCAGGCCAUUUCCAUCUAGAUUUACUACUGGUCAAAGUAUAAGCCACUAUUAAAGUACAGUGUUUUCAAAGCCUCCUAUGUCUCACUGAAUAUUCAUUACUUUUUUUGUCAGUAAAUGCUUACAUUAGUUUUGUAAGCAGAAUGAGCUCUUAAAGCACUAGAGAAUUUUGAACAUUUUAUUUCGAACUGAUAUUUAGAAAACACAGCGAAUGCUAUGUGUGUGCACCUUCUUUGGAGGAAUAAAUGUUACUGUACAAUGAAACAGAAAUGGCAGUUGGUAAUGUGACCUGUUAGAAAGGGAGUAGUUUACAGAUGUCAGACUGCAAUGUGCAGUGGAUUGCAGCCCUCUUAAAUAAUUGAGCUUUUAUCUCCUGUGGUUCAUUGCUCACAGGUUUGUGCUGAAAUCAACUCUGAGUGCACUUCUGAGUUGCACUGAGUGUUUCAAAGAUCUUUGAUGUGUAAUCUCCAAGAAGUACUAAUGGCAUUAUUGAACUAUUCUUUUGAGUAUUUUUUAAUGUUUAAUGGAACUUGAAUGUAUAUAUUCUGGUUGACAAAGGUGAAAUGCAAUGUAUAUAUACAUAUAGGUAUGUAUAUAUAUUUAAAAGCAUGUAGUGUGCACUAUCAUCAGAGUAAAUGAAGGCUUUAAUGGUU